GUACCUGUCUCACACCGUGUGCGAUGCCAUCGAGCAAGGCAUCAUUUGCAAGGAGGACUUCCCUCGAGCAAUCCUGGAGGACAAGCACAGCAAGUACAAUGCCAGCAAGGGCCGCUUCGAAGCAGUCGUCGUUUUCAUGGACGCCUCGGGCUUCACAGCGCUGACGGAGUCCCUGGCGCGACAGGCUCACGGAGCCGAAGAGAUUGGUUCAUGUUUGAACAACUUUUUCGGCGCCCUCAUUGAGAUCAUCACCCGUCAUGGAGGAGAUGUGCUGAAGUUCAGCGGGGAUGCCCUGACCAUCCUUUGGCGAGUAGAGGACGAAGGCGUUCCAUGGCGUUCCCGAUCACCGAGCAAAUCCACCAAUUCAUCUUGCACCCUGCCGCCGGUGAGCAAAGCUGAUGCGCGCUUCAGCGCCGCGGCAAACGCUUGCCGGUGCUGCAUGGAGGUUCAAAGCCGCGUGUCCAGCUUCGGAGCCACGCCCGUGCCCGGUGUGGUUCUGACGCUACACAUCGGCGUGGGCUUCGGCCCGCUGACACUUUUGCAGCUGGGUGGAGUCCUGGAUCGCUGGGAGUUUUGUGCAGCUGGGCAGCCGCUGGAGGAGGUGGCGAUCGCGGAACCUUUGGCUCAUUCUGGUGAGACCGUUGUCAGCUCGAGUGUUCAGGAGGUACUGGCUUCGAAAGGACAGAGCAGCGAGUUCUGCUUCGAGGCCGGCUUUCCGGAGCAACCCGGCUACGCCCUCCUCACUUCCACAGCUGCUCCGCUGGGGAGUGGAAAGGAGCACCCACGCUCGCCAGCGCGGCGCACGCUGGAUGCCAGUGUCGUCCAACGUUACGUGCCACAGGCGGCCAAGAGGAAUCUCUCCCAAACAUCUGUAGAGGCAUUGAUCCUGGGUCUACAGCCCGAGAUGCGCCGCGUCUCUGUGAUCUUCCUUUCUAUCCGAGGCCUCAAUCCUGGAUCGCUGACACCCACCGGAGAUGAUCUGCGUACGCAACAGGUCGUGAAGCUCUUGCAGCAGUCCUGCUACGCCUUCGAAGGUAGCGUCAACAAAUUCCUUGUGGAUGACAAAGGCAUGCUGCUUCUUUGCGCCUUCGGACUUCCGCCGUUGAACCACUACAUCGACGACCC